AAUAUGGCGGCGCUGUUGACAACAGUAACAGAGCAGUGGAUACGAGAGAAGCUACAUCUAAAUCACCAUUGCCUUGCAGAUGUGAGAUCACUGAGCAUCCCAGGAUCAUACAAGGAGAAAAUCAGACAUCUGGGAAUCUCACUAAAGAACUUUGUCCGUUUGAAAACCCUGAACCUCUCCUGUAAUGCACUAAUCUCUGUCGAGGGGGUCCAACACUUGAAGAGGCUGGAGAGGCUGAACUUGUACUACAACAGCAUUCCCUCCCUUCAGGAGGUCAAAGUGCUCUGGCAGCUGACUGCUCUGAGAGAGCUGGACCUGAGGCUCAACCCUCUGGCUAAAGCAGAUCCACACUACCGCCUGUACUUUGUGCACGCACUGUCCAACCUUCGCAGGCUUGAUGACUGUCCAGUCAGGGACAGUGAGAGAAGAGCUUCAAUCAUGCAUUUCUCCUCGGACUCUGUGCUCGGACCCCAACAGACGAGCUCCUCGGAGACAGACAUCACUGACCAGAGGAGCAGUAAGCUGAGGAUGGCCUCAGUAAAUCGCCUGGCCAAGAAGCUCUCUGUCCUGGAUGACAACGAUGACAUAGUGUUGAACCUUGUCGCUAAGAGCAACUGGGACCAAAGUGAACCUCUGUUCCUUACUGGCUCUUCCCACAAGGAGCCAGAGUCCAAGCUCUAUCAUCAGAUCAAAGAGGAGUCUUGUCAUUCCCAGUCCAAUGGUCAACGUUUGAGAGAAGGAUCUGGAAGGAAAGGUUCUUCCUCCUCAUUGAAAACGUCAGAGGGGCCGAGGGUAACCUUUAACCCCCGCGUAGAGAAACACAGCGGGACUAGCUCUGGACGGGAGGAGCGAGAGAAACUCCCCAAACACCUGAGAGUCACGGCCAAGGGCCACUUCACCCCUCACCCUGAUAAAGUUGACCAGCAGAAGUCUUCCUUAGUGAAGAUCCGCCCCCCCAGUCCAAGAAGUCCCUGUCCCAGUCGGUCUGAUGCCACCAACCCCAUCCUGCACCCUCCCAGACUGUCCUACCAUAACACCCAGCAGACAGCAGGGGGCUCCACCUCACCACAGAAACAUGCCAAGCAACAGAAGGGAAGCUAUAGGAAACCAAUGGAGAUGCUGCUGAGCCUAGUGAACAAGCACUGGACAGGGGAGAGGCCUCUGCACCAUGACAACAAUUUCCUCUCUCAGGCAGUCCAGAUCCUGUCCAUGAUGGAACAAGACAUCUUCAGUGGAGAAGCCGAGGUCAGGACGUUGAGAGGGAACGUUGAAGAGCUGAAGGAGCAGGCAGAGAUACGAGACCAAGACCACAGGACAGAGACCCAUAGACUAACUACACAGCUGGAGGAAGCACACAUGUCUGUUGACAGUUUGAAUGAGCAGCUGAGGAUACUAUUGGAGGAUAACGUCUCUCUACAGAAGCAGAUGAUCAGAUUAGAAAAACAAUAUCUCAACUCUAUGAUGAAAAGUUCACCCAACACUGAGAUAUGUGAGAAACAGGCAGAGGUGGAUGAGCUGAGGAAGAAAGUAUCAGAGCUGAGGGAGAAGGUUGAGGAGGGGGAGAGAGUCAAGGAGCUGGCAGGUAUGCUGCAGGAGAACCACAGGUCACUGGUUGCAACUAAUGAGCAUUUGCUGAGAGAAUUGGAGGGGACUGGGAGACGGCUCUGAGUAGGAGAGGGAGGGGCAGCUACACGUCACAACUACAACAACUAGAGAGAACAGGAGGAGACUAGGAGACGGCUCUGAGUAGGAGAGGGAGGGGCAGCUACACGUCACAACUACAACAACUAGAGAGAACUGGAGGAGACUAGGAGACAGCUCUGAGGAGCUACACGUCACAACUACAACAACUGGAGAGAACUGGAGGAGACUGGGAGACGGCUCUGAGUAGGAGAGGGAGGGGCAGCUACACGUCACAACUACAACAACUAGAGAGAACAGGAGGAGACUAGGAGACGGCUCUGAGUAGGAGAGGGAGGGGCAGCUACACGUCACAACUACAACAACUAGAGAUAACUGGAGGAGACUAGGAGACGGCUCUGAUGAGCUACACGUCACAACUACAACACCAGGGCCACGUUCAGUAGGUAAACGUUAUGGAACAUUGCAAAUAGAAAUGUCAUGAAUAGAGCCAAUUCCUUACUCUACAUGAUGUCAGAGAGGAAUGUUUGUUCUACAUUUCUAUCUGAACAUUCCAGAACGUUGUCCUGCUGAACGAGCACCAGCACCAGAUUCUCUUAUUUUAGCUCUAUAUACACUGCUGCCAACAUUUACACUGUUCUUCUGAUGCUC